AACCAAGUAAUGUGCAAUUUUUACUGCACAGAUUGGAAUAUAAAGCUUGCCUUUAAUCAGUUGCAUGACGUAGGUGAGAAGCUAAAGAUGUCCUCCGCCGUUAACCUUCUGAUUUGUCUUUGUUUCAUCUCCGUUCAUUCUGAAGAAGUAUUGGUCUGCACUAAUAAUGGAAUUUUACGGGGAUUUUCUGCAGAAACCGUUCUGGGUCGUGCAGUCCAGUUUCUUGGUGUUCCCUACGCCAAGCCACCAGUUGGCCCACUGCGUUGGAAACUACCCGAACCUCCCGAAAACUGGGAUGGCGUAAGAAGUGCAGAAUAUUUCGGACCAAGCUGUCCACAAAAAUUCACCGCGCAACUCACUCAUAUUUAUCCCAAGGAAUUUGUACGCGCCCGAAUCAAAAAUCAGAAGAUUAGCGAGGACUGCCUUUUCCUGAAUAUCUAUGUUCCUACCAUGGUGGUACCGAACAGAUACGAUCCUCUCCCAGUGUUUGUAUUCAAACAUGGCGGGAAAUAUGAAUGGGGAUCUGGGACCGAGUACAACGGUACCUUUCUAGCUCUACAAGGUAACAUUAUAGUCAUCUCAUUCAAUUAUCGUUUGAACAUAUUUGGGUUUCUUUCAAAUGGUGAACCGGAACUUGGGGGGAAUUACGGAAUGUUUGACACUGUUCGAGUGCUUAAAUGGAUUCAGACCAACAUCCGGGCUUUUGGUGGAGAUCCAUCACGGGUCACACUUGGCGGAGAAUCGGCAGGUGGCGUGACAGUGGACAUCUUUCUUUCAGAAAUGAAUCAGAAGCUAACAACACGAUAG